AUGGCUGAUCCAUCGUUUGCUGUUUUGCAAGAAGUGCUGGAUGAGCUCUAUAGAAAGAAUGGGGGCCAAGCACCUACUGCGAAGCAGAUGGCAGCUGCCACCCUGCUUUCUGUCAAGGAAGCCCAGCUGAUCCUCGAUGAGCUGCAGGGUGAAUCAACUUGCCCUGAGCCGAAGCCGAAGAAGGCCAAGAAGGAGAAACGAGAGAAGCAACCUCAGAAAACUGAGUCCACUGCAUCUUCAGCAAAGGACCCUCCUCCCAGUCAGGCAGUUGACAAGGAGGCUGCUCUUUCUGCUGUUCCUCCUGGGGCAUUUGAGGAAGCAGAUUCAGAUGAAGAGUUGGCCUAUGGUGCUGCUGGGAACGCAGCCCAAGAUGAAGUUGGAGAGACCCAGUGUGAUGAGUCUGACGGUGCAGGGACUCCUCCCUACUCACCUUCUUUGACUUCGUCUAAGCUGAGGAGGGCGAAGUCCACCUCGACUUUGUUACGUGGACAGGCGAUGCUUCGUGGAGGCUCUGGUGUCCAGAUCGUGAACACUGAUGAGGAGCCCAAGGAGGUCUUCGACGACCGCUUGCCUGAGCCUGACAGCUGGGAUAAGCUUCGCCAUGCUCCGACGCUUCGCUUUGGGGAGACUGGUGAGGAGUUGCCAGAUGAAGAUUUGGCUCAUGAUGCAGAUGCAGAAGCAGAAUGUGAAGCAGAAGCCGUACAGCAGGCAACUGCCCGUCAUGAUGCUGAGAUGGCCAAGCAAGCGGAAGAAGUUGCCAAUGGCAAGCCCCCUCCUUUGGUUCCGGAGGUUGCGGUGCCGCCUGCCCCAGCUCCGGUGGCUGCUGAAGCUGUCGCCGUCCCUACAGAGCCCGUGGGGCCAGUGACUUCCACCACCCACCGCAAGCAGCUCAUGGCUUUGCAGCGUGUGGUGCAGGGACCGAGAGCUAGUGCCUUUCCUGAAAUCACCAAGCUCUUUGGGUCAGGCACCAAAGCUGAGCGCCUCAAGGUUUUGAAAACCUACGUGCAGAAUGGUGAAAAUUUGCAGGCUGUGGAGAGUGCCUUUCGUGCGAGCCGAACCCACAGUGAAACCAUGAGGCAGAAGAUUGCCGGAUGUGUGGCGCGUGGUGGGAUCGCAGAUCGCGAUGCCCCCAAUUGCCAAAAUAGCACCAAGUACUGGGCCAGUGUCGUCACUGAAGAAACGACCACGGAUGACAGUACCAUGUCUGUGGAAGUUGGUGGCAGCAUUCGUGCCAGUGAUGCCAUGGGUGCUUUCCUGGUUCCGGGCAACCAUGUUGGCACGCAAGUGUCAGUUGCUGACCCACUGGCUCUGGUGCGCCAGCAGAUGGCAGCUUCGACUGCUGCUCCUGCGACGCCUGCGAGUGAUCAAGCAGCGCCUGUGGGCAAUGGCAACAUGCGCCCCAAGGCAAAGCCCAAAGCGAAGUCCGUUCCGCAGCCUAAGGGGCCACCCUUGUCAGACAUUGCUCUUGCUGGCAAAACAGUGACGGAAAAGGAGGCGAAGAAGGAACUCUCGCAGCUGGGAUCACUGAAGUUGGACAUGCCAGAUGGCAAUGCCCGCUUUAAGGAUGGCCUGAGCAGGAUUGAGAAGAAUGUCCAGCGCCUCACGACCUUCUUUUCGAGGCUGCAGGGGAUUGAAGAUGAGGCCGCAUUCAGCAACAUUCGUGUGAAGUUGGGUGAGGUGGCAGAGUCGCGCAUGACACGUGCAGAGCUUGGAGCCGUGCUGAAGGAGUUCAAAAAGCCAGCUUGCCUUGUUUAG